AUGUUAGAAUUUUUCCACAGUGAUAGGAGCAGCUCUAAUGAGGUGAAAAAUUUGAUACUGAGCGAAAGCCAUCGGGCUCAGCUAGCCAGUUCCACAAACCUUGAUUCUCUCGACACCUUCGAGAGGGUACAGUUGCCCAGUGACUCAGUCACUCCAGGCAUCAAGUCUGCACAGGCGGCUGCCUGUCUCAAAAGCCCUCUUUUCCUCGUCUCAGCCGAGUCCUGUCCUUCUGUUUUAUGUCAACAAAGAAUCAAACAGCCUCUGCACAGCUCCUCGAUGGUGAUCAACAGUUCCACUGUUACUCCUCUUCAGAUGUGCCCAAACGCUACAGCGUCGGCGGUCGGUACCAGGUUCAACCAACCCAAUCUGACCACUCGUGGUGAAAAAACCCAAGACGCUCCGCCAUUGCAGCCUGCUUUGGUCGUCAAAACGAACGGCUUUGAUGAAAACCCGGACGGCGAAAGACAAGCCGAAAAUGCGGUUCCUUAUAAUGUUUGUAAUCUUGAAAUUCAGGGUGAGUCCAGACUGGAUACUAGCGCUACCAAUCAUGAUAGAGCUUCCCAGUCCACAGGUCACAUUCCCAACCGUUCACGCAGGAACCUUCACAGGGUAAAGGCCCAUCCAGGCACAGGAGGAUCGAUGAACGAUGUCACCGAAAGGCUGUCUCCGAAACGGUUAAAGCAGAGGCGAAGGCAUCCGCAUCUUCGAGCAAACCCUCUCUAUCACUUCCACCCACAAACUCGUAGACCCCCCUCGAGCUCGUCCAGUUGUGGCACAGACUCGCGUCAAUUGGACCUCGUGGUACCAAGACUGAGCCCAAAGGGGGAGAAGGGAGCUGUUGGGGCGAGGUCAAAUUCGAAUAGCCGAUCGGACGCCACGAGUCCCAUAAACUCUGCCGAUCCAUGCGAUACGGCCAAGACGGUAGACGAAGAUACUGUGAGUUAA